AUGAAAUACAGGAUAUGGCAACGUUUCCAGUUUUGCAACGAUCGGUGCAACGAUUGUUCGAUUGUCGAGUGUCCAGUUGGGGUGCAACAGCAUCGCAGGUUUGUGUCCGCUGGGGUUGCUGGGUGACUAGAGAUGUGAGACGUCGCCAGACUGUAGCCAAACAUGCUCCAAAGCGACUUCGCUUGAAAUCAAUCGCUGAAUGCCGACUACUGCCAGAGGAGCUGCGACAGAGAGCAGCAAGAGAAUUGCACGAGAUGCCAAGAGAUGGGAGUAUUACACGUAUCAGGAAUCGCUGUGUAUUGACUGGUCGACCUAGAGGAGUACUGACAGACUUUCGCCUGUGUCGUCACGCGUUUAGGAGAUUAGCUGAUUCCUCUCAGUUGCCAGGCAUUACCAGGUCGUCAUGGUGAUUACAGAAAAAUUACAUUAUGUGUACAAACAGGAUAGUCUUGUGGAGUGGAUUAUAUUGAUACCUAUAGCUACUUUUACUGUCACAUUCAUUAUUGCACAGUGGAUACAAAUAAAGGAUACGAUAACUGAAA